UGACAACCACUUUACCUCACAUUGUAUUAUUGUUAUCCAGUCCCGAAUGACUCUUAAAACGUCUUGGAAAGGGCGCGCCAAUCAACGCAGCGUCACCAAGUGUCAUAGCCACCAACUCCCUCCCUUGAGAUCUACGACUGUCUCAAUCCGCCGUCGCCCUCAGAGUUGACACAAACCCAAAAAGGCGAGGAAAGGUCGUUGCUGAGUCUUUGCCCGCCCUGACCAUCGAGUUUCUCACCAAGAUCAAACCAGGUGUUCGUGCAAGAAGAGACUGGUCUGGUGCUGGGAGGGAGAGGAGGAAGAACAGAAGCACUUGACAAAUCCCAAAAACUUCGACAACAGCCACCAUGUCGCUCACCAGCUCAAGCCCCGUCACUUGUGCGCAAUCCGCCUCGCUCGCCUCACACACUCUGUCCAUCCUGCCCCUCUCGGCGCGCAACGACGCCCUGACGGCAAUCCACGCCGCCCUGGUCCAGCACAAGGCCGAGAUCCUCGCCGCCAACGCGCGCGACAUGGCGCUCGCCCAGCAGGCCUCGUCGCAGGGGGAGCUGAGCCAGUCCGUGCUGAAGCGGCUCGACCUGGGCCGCAAGGGCAAGUACGACGACAUGCUGAAGGGGAUCCUGGACGUGCGGGACCUGCGGGACCCGAUUGGCAGGGUGGAUUUGCGCACGCGACUGGAUCAGGGCCUGGAGCUGGAGAGGGUGUCGUGCCCCAUCGGCGUCCUGCUCAUCAUCUUCGAGGCGCGGCCCGAGGUCAUUGCCAACAUCUCCGCCCUGGCCAUCAAGUCCGGGAACGCGGCCAUCCUGAAGGGCGGCAAGGAGAGCGCCGCGAGUUUCGAGGCCAUCGCCAACGUCAUCGGCGAGGCCCUGGCCAGCACCCAGGUUCCCGUCGCGGCCAUCCAGUUGGUCAAGACCAGGGAUGUCAUCGACGAUUUGCUCGGCCUUGAUCGGUACAUUGACCUCGUCAUCCCCAGAGGCGGCAACGAGCUGGUAAGGUAUGUCAAGAGCCACACGAAGAUCCCGGUCUUGGGGCACGCCGACGGCUUGUGUUCCGUGUACUUGCACCGGGACGCGGAGAAGGACAUGGCCGUCAAGGUGGUGGUGGACUCCAAAUGCGACUACCCUGCGGCGUGCAACUCGGCAGAGACGCUCUUAGUGCACGAGGCGGUGUUGAAGACGGUGCUUCCCGGCGUGGUGGAAGAGCUACAGAAGAAGGGCGUGAGGUUACGGUGCGACGAACCAAGCAAGAAAGCGCUGGCCGAGGUGCUGAGUCCCGCGAACGCAGCUUUACUGCAGGACGCGACCGACCUGGAUUACACCACCGAGUUUCUAGACCUGAUCAUGGCGGUCAAGACCGUCCCAGGGACUCCGUCCUCAAAUGGCGUUACCGGCAGCAGCGACACAUUACCGAACGGGCACUCGUCCUCAACUGUCAGAGCCGGCGACGUCGAGGAAGAAGCAAACGACCCUUCCCUCCUCCGGGCCAUCGCGCACAUCAACACCCACUCAUCGCACCACACCGACGCCAUCGUCACGCGCUCCGCCGCCGCCGCCGAGAAGUUCAUGUCCGCCGUCGACUCGGCCGGCGUGUACUGGAACGCCUCCACCCGGUUCGCCGACGGGAUGAGGUACGGCUUCGGCACCGAGGUCGGCAUCAGCACGAACAAGAUCCAUUCCCGGGGCCCCGUGGGCUUGGAGGGCUUGACCAUCUACAAGUACAAGAUCAGAGGCACUGGUCAAGGCGCCGGGGAGUACGGGGAAGGCGAAGGGCAGAGGAGGUUUCUGCACGAGAGCAUUGAGACCUGAUGACCUUGUUAGUUAAAACGGAGGGGGAGAGGUCUUGAAGGGGGGGAGGAUCUCCCAGUAGUAUCUACUGUAGUUACGUAUGUGCAUGCCUGGCGUUGACGCAACUCGAAAAAGUUGGACUGAAAUAUGGAAAAAAAAAAAGACAAAAUGCAGCAGAGGACCGAAUCGAAACGGGGUUUUUCUUUCAUUGGAAUCAAUGCAUUGGAAUUUUCGUCUUGCGUCCACCUAGUCUGGAAAAUUGACAGCGACCACGCACG